AUGGGCGAGAUCUUUAGGAAGCAUGAGCUGGAGGCCAAACUGAAGGAUGAGAACCAGCUCAUCGCCAGCGGAGUUCUCCGGGAUGAGAACCCUCUUGACCAGUCCUCGGAAUUUGCCCAAUUCCUCGAGGCCUGCCGGAGAGGGGACUUAAAGACAUGCCAGGAGCUCAUGUCAGUCGGCGUAAACAUCAACGGGAAGGACAAGUUCGACUACACUCCUCUGAUCGUCGCCAGCCUGUGCGGUCACCUUGAGCUGGUCCAGCUCCUCCUAGAAGCAGGAGCACUUGCAGAGAGGGACACCUUCCAGGGCGAGAGAGCAGUCUACAACGCUCUGAACGACAGGAUACGGAAACUGCUUUUAUCUUAUGACUAUGCCAAAUCGUCAGAUCCGCUGCAACCAUGGUCGUCACAUAUCACCUCGCUAAUGACCAAAGAUACGCCCAAGACAUCAGACAUCACCCUGUCUUGUGGAUCUGACGACUUACAUCUACACAAAUUCCUUCUGUCCUCCAGAACCCCGUAUUUCAGGCAGAAGCUUGAGGACACUCCCGAGACGACACAUUGGAAACUGUCCAGCGCCGUGCCUGCCGAGGCGAUCCGACUGGUGGUCAGGUAUCUCUACUUGGGUGAGAUGCCGAGAGACCUGGUGGACGCGCGAAGCACCACGACCGAAGAGCAGGUGUUCAAGGGGAUCGACAAGAUCAGCAAGCAGCUCGAGGUCGAGAAGCUGUGGGAGGCCGUACUUUCUAUGGACGACCGGAGACUCGCCCGCCAGAGGCACCAGGACGAGGUCGAGCGAGCCCAGUCGCAAGUCGAGGCCUUCUUUCAAAACAAGGUUUUGGGCCACAAGAUGCGUGUGGAUACGGAUAAACUCGACAAGAUUAAGUGGAAGCCCGAAAACUCGAUAUUCGCCGACUGCCUCGUACGAGCCGACGAGGAUGACGAGGAGGAGUGGGAUGAGGAGGUAGAAGAAUCCAAAAAUGAGACCGCCUCACGGGCCGCAGCACCCGAUGGAGCUACUGCUAUCCUGAUUGGGCGUGCUGCCGAAACGUCAGCCAUCAACGGAAACUUCAAGCCUAGAAAGUCGGUCGUGUACCCUGUGCACAAGGCAAUGCUCAUCAGGAGUCCUUACUUCGAGACCAUGUUCUCGAGCGAGUUCCUCGAAGCCCAAGACUCGGAGUAUCUGCACAUUGUUAAGGUCGAUUGCAUACCUGAGGUCCUGGAGAUCGUCCUUCAGUUCAUGUACACAGAGAAAGCCGACUGUCCCCUACACCAUGCGCUGGAGCUGCUCUACACCGCAGAUAUGCUCCUUAUGGAUAAAUUGAAGAGCAGAGCGGCCGUUGCCAUCAGCACCCUCGGCAGCGCGACCCGGAAUAUCCUCGUCGACAGGACCCACACCAAUGAUCCAGAUGCAGAUACUACCGAGACAGAGCCUAUUAACAUCUAUGAUGUGAUCCAUGCGGCUUGGGACCUCCGCGUUCAGCGUCUGGAGGAAUUUGCCGCCCGCUAUCUGGCACAUCGACUGGAGGACUAUAUUGAUGAGCCAGAGUUCGCAGAGCUCAUCCAAGAGUCCGCCUCAAGGGUCAAGGACAGGCAAGAAACAGAUACCAUCGAACUGCUUGACGACAUCCGGUAUUACUUAUCGGAGCGUUUUCGUCUACGGUUCGAAGACACUGGAUUUGACGACUGGGUGUCUGACGGUGAGCCAGAGGAUAAAGAAAGACCUGAUGAAGUUGGAAAGAAUGGUCUUGCUGCUGAUCCCAAGGCAGCCCAAGGUACGACGACUCUGGCAUCAGACAGUACAGUACAACAAGUACCUGCUGCACAGACUGGCAUUGUUCGGACUCUUGAUGGCGAAGAGGUAGACGAUGAGUUUGAUCUUGAUGCCCAGAACUAUCAGAUCUUACUUAGAAAGAUUGAUGAUAUGUUGGUUAGACUUCAGCUAGAUGCAUAGACUCUUUUAUAGAGGUGUUUUCCCCAUGCAGAAUAAAGACAUCAAUGGCAC